GACUGAGCAGUUAGGUCAGUAGCACAAAAGGUAGCCUUAGCAUCCGUGACUUUGAUAUAAUUAACUAACUUAAAUAGUCAACUACGCAAAAAAGUAACUUAAAGUUGUUCACAAUAGCAAACCUCAGUGACAGAACGGAGAGUAUGAUAACAACAAUUGCUGCUAAAAGUCCAUGUUUGGGCUCUAAAAUUUGCUAGCCACCCCCACCAGCAAGUCCAGCGUUAAAAAAAAGUCCAGUGGAUAACUCAAGCUAACGCCAAGCUAGGCGAACAUUACUUGGCUAACCGGAUCCGUUGACAGUGGUUGGAUUAUCACGUUGCUUGCUUGGCAUUCACAUGAUUGUUGUGAACUAGCGGUGCUGUCAAAUUGAAUGUGUACAAUUGACAGACAACGCUGUAUCGUUAGUUUGGCUGCCAACUGCAUUAAAGGACAAGAUAAUGUUAGCUAGCUAACAAGGCGCGCGGCGUUAGCUUUAGCAUAACAAGAGCUGUGCUUUCAGGGAGUCAGCUGACAGCCUGCUGUAAACUGCCAACAGACCAGUGAUGGAUCAACUGAAAGUAAAGGAUCGCAUAUUGGAAAACAUCUCACUGUCUGUCAAGAAGUUGCAGAGUUACUUUGCGGCCUGUGAAGAUGAGACUCCAGCUAUCCGAAAUCACGACCGGGUCCUCCAGCGCCUCUGUGAACACCUUGACCAUGCUCUGCUGUAUGGCCUGCAGGACAUCUCCUCAGGCUACUGGGUCCUGGUCCUUCACUUCACCAGGAGGGAGGCGGUCCGUCAGAUAGAUGAGCUUCAGCACAUAGCAACCAACCUUGGUCGAAGCCGCGCAUGGUUGUACCUGGCGUUGAGUGAGAGCUCUUUAGAGAGUUAUCUACGCCUCUUCCAGGAGAACCAAGGAUUACUGCAGAAGUAUUAUUUCAAGAACGCGCUGGUCUGCAGUCAUGACCACCUCACACUCUUCCUCACGCUGGUGUCCGGCCUGGAGUUCAUUCGCUUUGAUCUGGAGCUGGAUGUGCCCUAUCUGGACGUGGCCCCCUACAUGCCGGAUUACUACAAACCCCAGAACCUGCUGGACUUUGAGGAGAGGCUGCCGAGCUCAGACAGCCUAUCCCUGCACUCCUUCACCUCCCUCACCUCCACCAACCUGGAGUGGGAUGACAGUGCCAUAGCCCCCUCCAGUGAAGAUUAUGAUUUCGGUGACAUCUUCCCCGUGUUGCAGUCAUUGCCAAGUGCAGACUGGGAAGAGGGUGACCUGACCGACCAGGCCAGCUGCCCACGAUCCAGCGGCUCUGAUCCCCAGACGGUCAUCAGCGACUCCGUGGUCCUCUCUGCCGGCACCGUCAUGAUGAAGGUCGCAGCUCAUCUGGCGCCACACAGCCCCACGUUCAGACACAACCCUUUCAACGAAGACUCUGACACUAACACCACCAACACCUCAGCCGAUGUCACGCCAGUGCACGUUGCCAGCCGCCACAACUCCACCAACGCCGGAGAUGACACGGAGAGCACCGGCAAUGAGCUGGAGGUCAUCAGGAUGGCCAGACGAAGGAGACCAGCCAAGAAGCGUCGAGGGAGGGGCUCCACAGAUUCUAUCGGCAGCAUCCAUAACUCUGUCUCCUCUGAGCACAUGGAAAUGGACAGCAGCCUCGUGGCCUCGGAGGAUGUGGAUUCAUUAAACGGCACUUUAAUUUGCCUGGAUGCUGAGGCGGAGUUGAGGAGAAGCAGGGUGGGAUCCGAGGUUGUGGAGGAAGGAGACGAGGACGGAGUCGAAGGCCUCCUACGGCUCCCGGAGAUGGUGGACACAUCCAUGGACACCGUGGGCCAGCCCCUCCGUGACGUCAUGGACCGGCUCAACGGGGCUCUGGAUAGGGAAGAGGUCUGGGUGCACCGAGAGGAGGGGGAGGAGAGAAGCAGCAAAGGCUUUGAGCGGGUCCCCGAGCCCCCCUCGCAGCAGCCCUUUCGAGAGGACUCAGAGGGAGAGCCCCCCGACCCGGCCCCAGGAGAGAAGUCUCUCUCCCCUCAGGCCAACAGCCACAGCUUCCUGCAGGCCUCUCCUGCGCCUGCACAAUUAUGCUUCUUUACCCCCAACAGUCCAGACUCUACUUCCACGGGUGGUGGCCACUAUGACUCUACAGAGCAUAAUCAGUCGCAGACUCUUUCAGGUGGCCUUGAUGAUGAAGGAGAGGCAAAAGCGUCAGCAGGACAGGAGCCAGAGAUGAAGACCUAUGAGGAAGGCACAGAAGAAGAGGAAACCGCCAAGAAUACAAUUACUGAGGAGGCAGACAUUUGUCAUCCUGCAGAGUUUAAGGUGGACAACAAUCACUUGCUUCUUCUCAUGAUUCAUGUGUUCCGAGAGAAUGAGGAGCAGCUCUUCAAGAUGUUGAGAAUGAGCACAGGCCAUAUGGAGGGUGACCUGCAGCCCCUGUACCUGCUGCUGACUGACUGUUACAUCUAUCUGCUCAGGAAGGGUGCAGCAGAGAAGCCCUACACAGUAGAAGACGCUGUUUCUUACAAUGAGCUGGACUAUCUUUCAGUGGGCCUUGACCAACAGACUGUGACGGUGGUUUGCAUCAACAGACGAAGAAAGUUCCUGUUGGACACCGCUGAUGCCUCUCUGACUCUGUUGUUCUUGUCCGUUCUAAAGUCAGCCAUGGUGAAGGGUUGUCGUGAGCCUCCUUACCCCUCUGUGCUGACUGAUGCUACCAUGGAGAAACUGGCUCUCACUAAGUUUGUCUCCCAGGAAUCUCACUGUGAGGUAUAUGAAGUGUCCAUACAACUGUAUUCACUGGUCCACUGGGAGGAUCCUAUGGACAUGACUUUGUCACCCCAGGGUGGCCCACCGAUCGCUGGACUACCUUCUAGCACCAAGGAGGGGACUCUGCAGUACCGGUCUGGAAAUACCUACCUGGGCAAAGAGCUGUGGAAACAAUGCUACCUCGUCCUCAGCAAGGGGAUUCUGUACCUGUACGCAGAAAGAACUGACGUGAAGCCCCUGCUGUCGGUCACUAUGGGAGGAGAGCACUGUGGAGGCUGCCGCCGCUCUAACAGCACGGAGCGUUCCCACGCCUUCCAAGUCAUCCUGACGGAGCGGCCUUCGCUGGAGCUCAGUGCCUACAAUGAGCAGGACAUGGCCGACUGGAUGCUGCUGCUCUGCCAGUCUGUCUCCAAAGGGGUCAUCCCUCAGGGUGUGGCCCCCACUCCAUGUAUCCCGUGUUGCCUGGUGAUGACAGACAGGAAGCUGCUUACUUGCCAUCAGGACCUUCAGACCAGCUUCUUCCGUUCACUGGGCAGCGCCGACGUCUGUGAUGUCAUUGCUGUCAGUGUGGAGGCCGACAAGGAGUACUGCGUCAUUGAGUUUGCGUCAGAUCGGACGCUGUUCCUUCCUCCCUGGGUGUUGUACUUCAGCGGCUGCGAAGAGAGAGAUCGACUCAUGGACGUGUUAGACAACACGUGGAAGGCCAUUUUCCAGGUUGACCUCCCCCACAGAGAAGUGUUGGACCCGUCCGUGCAGAAGCGCUGUGGCGAGGCCCUCGCUUUGAUGAGCAGUGCCUGGCAGAGGGCAGACAGUCUGGCUCGAGGCAGAGCCCAGAGGGAACCCUGGUGCUGACAGACACACGCAUACCUGUGGGUAUCCACUGAGACAGACGGAUAGUUAAACAGUCUGAUAUCCUUUCAGGGUAGAUGGGUUUAACUCUGGCAUACAGUCACUGUAAUCUGAGCUCUUAGCUGAAAGUCCCACGUGGUUAUUGGUCGUUGCACUGCAGCGUAACCUCUGAUUCACUGAUUAAACUUUUCUAUCAGAGAAACUUCCUGCAGAAGUAGCAGCGCAUCACAUCGCAGAGAUGCAACUGCAAGAGCUUCUCAAUUGAAAUGAAAUUAACGAAUAUUAACGGAAAGACGCAACAGAUCUGAUCCUUGUGAUACAUUGCCGUUGUUCCUUUUUAUUAGAGGUUGUCAAGAAAUAGCAGCAAUGCAGAACAAAGAUACUGAAUCAAGGGGGAAAGUUUGGGGUCACAUGAUGUGAUGGGUUGUACUCUCCGUAUGGAAAAAGCUCUGUAGGAAAAGGGUGAUGGAUAUUUAUAAAACGACAAGUCAAGCCUUUGAGAUGUAGACAGAACAUGUUUAGUACAUGGAGGAAGCUGAGUGGGGAGGAAGAUUAGGAUCCAAUACCAGCAGCUUCCUUGCACAGUGAAAUAUGAUGACUAUUGAUGUUACAAAAAAAUAUAUAUAUAUAUAUGUCAAGAAAGCCAUAUAUGAAAGGGGCAGUUAAUGCUUGUUUGCGAUGAGGAAAAGUUCACACUCCUUGCCUUGCAGACACACAGAAGUAACGCUCUCGGAUCGCACAAAUCACACAACUGUGUGAAGAUAAAAGUCCCUCCUUGCUUAGGGUUCAGUAAAACCUCUUGUAACUGUAACUAAGGUAAUUAUAGUGCAAACAUACAGCGCUGUAAAGUAUCAACGCAUAGUCACCCAUGGUUGUGUGUGAUAUUCAGUCUACACACUUACCUCUACACUGAACUAUUGCCACAUUAGCUUGAGAGAAGGAGGAUCUGAAUCUGAAGAAUAUCUUCAUAUUCAUCAGUUUCACAGCGCAUGACAUGCUCGCGUCGUCCAUCUGAGCUCUUGCUUUACCAAUUUAACCGUAAAGAUAAAAAAAUCAGGAAAUGCAACAGACUUGCCUUUUUAUCUCCACUCUGCAGAGACGAGCGGGGGCUCCAUGCAGACUUGCACAUUGUUUUUGCUGUCAGUCUUUAUUUUAUUUUUUAAUGGUACCAGCUGUUGUUUUGUGUUAAUAUCAUAACAUGCUUUUGUAUUUCCAUUGUAGAGAAAGUGGGAACAAUUGUAACUAAAUUAUUCAAUUGAGUUGUUUGGUAUUGACUUCUGUGUCUGCAUUAGCACACGUAUACUUCUGUCCAUGUCUGUAAAGCAUCCGUUACUGGCUGAGAGCUACAAGUUGUCUAUUAUUCCUGUGGUUGGUAGCAUCGUACAGUGGGAUCUGGCCACUCCACUAAAUUAGAACUUCCCUUUCUGCACUAUUCAUGUAGUGGUGCAAGACCAUGUUUGAGGUUCAUAGAACCCUUACAUUGCCUUGUUCAUAGAACCCUUACAUUGCCUUUGGGGUAAAUGUAGCGUCUGUUCUUAGCAGGUCAAUGCUUUUAAAUAGUCUCUAAUAUAUUUCCAAAUAUUAAAGCUUUACUUGGGAAGGUGUCAUCACGACAAAUGCCGGUUCAGGCCGGUUAAUCGUUUAAGCUUGUACAGCAAAACCGAAAAUGACCGAACUCUUAAGUGCAAGUGUAACAAUCCGCCCUUUAAAUCAGCACUGAUUAGAGUACUGCUGCUCUGUCAAUGACGCUGUGAUGCGGCUCUCAUUACGAGGCUGAGAUCAGCAGGACAUUUCUUUUUGCAAUGACGAUGUUGCCUCUUUGACAACCUUGACUGAACUGGACAAAAUGGCCAAUUCGUUUGAACUAAAUGAAGCACUAUUUUUCCUUAUUAUCGGUUGCCUUACACUGUACAAUUUGACUGUAUGGGUACACUUAAACAAUCCUCUUUAGGUUUAUGUUGUUUCUAUUGAAAGACGAGUAAAAAUAUGUGCUGUAGGGCUGGGUAUCUAACCUUUGAUACUCUCCAAGUAAAGACAUGCGCUGUCUGUAUUGAAUGUUGGCACAGAAUGCUUGCUCAUUGUCAUUUAGUUAUUUUUGCUGUCAAAAAUGUAGAAAAAUGAGACUAUAUUCAGCAAAAGAUGGUACCAAAAAGAUAUGUUUUUGUUCCAAAACUCGUCUAUUGAAUAAGCACCUGUGUCAAAAACUUUCAAAUGAUACCCAGCCCGAUACAAAUGUCACUUCUGUAAGUGUUUUCUCCGUCACGCUGUUGUUCCUUUCAUGUCCGCAUUAAUCAGUUCUUUAAGCCUUUCUAAGUGCCACUCGGUCUCAUUCAUCUUCGACUCUUUUACAAAGAAAUCUAAUCUCAGGUGAAAAAGGUAUGUCACAUCCCAAACCUUAGGACUCACCGUUUUGUUUUUAUUAUUGCUGCUGUUUUGUCUAACUCAAUAUUUUUUUGAAUACCUUUUUUUUUUUUUUCUAUCUUGGUUCGAUGCAGCAUUAUGAAGUUAUAUUGCGCACACAGACGAGGCUGCAAAGUGAUAUUACAUGUUGGAGAAGGUUUCAUGUAAAAGUCCUUUAAUAAUUCAGUGCGUUCCAAAAUAGGAUUGUUCGGCUGUGUAGGUGGAAUAGUCUCCCCCAGUGGAUUACUUGAGGACUUUUUGACCAGGGAGAGUUGGACUUACUUGAAAUGUUGGAUUAUCAAUAGAGAAUAAAGUACAUGGAGUUGUGGUCUAUGAAGUGUAUAUAAAGAAAAGGUGAACGUUUGUCUUUUUGAGCAGUGGUUUUGAAUGUGGGGCAUUGCUGGCCAAUGAUGGAUGACGUCUUCCAAGUGAUGCAUUGUGAAAAAGCGCUUUUUGAUUUUGUUCAUAAAUGUUUACUGCAUGUAAUAUUUGUAUAAUGUUUAGCGGUUUUAUUGAAUUGUAAAUAGAGCACUAAUCCAAUAUAACAUACUGUACACUCACACAUACAGACGUGCAUGUCCAGAAGGUUUUAUACCGAUAAUGAAUGUACAAAUAAACUUCUGUGUUUGGACAGCGUAACUGAAUAAACUGAAAUGAAACCUUG